CCACAACUCAACACAACUCUUCGAAACACCAACUCACGGUGCAUUCACAUCGUGUUUAGCCCAACUGCGACCGGACCCUAGCAAGCAAGCCCGGCCACCUCCCCACAAAACAGCAGAGGACUGGAGGAGAAGACAUGGGACAGACGGGGGGAUAGACAGACCCAUCAUCGCAAGACGUGAACAGCAUCACCGCGACCUCGUGAUGCGGCUUACAGUACCCGCGAUGGAUCAUCCCAGGAAAAAGCCGAAAACCAAACACGAUGAUCGAAUCAUCCUCCAUUUUGUACAGCAUCCUUCCCUACUGUUCUUUAUGCAUUCUUCAAUUGUAGAUACAAUAUGGUGCAAGAACUGGUCUGACUGUCUGUCGGUGUGUGUGAAUCUUCGUAUGUAGGAUCUCGAUUGCUUCUACGCCCAGGUCUACGAAAACAAAACCCCUUCACUCAAAUCCCUCCCCCUCGGAAUUCGCCAAAAGUCCCUGCUAGCAACAUGCAACUACCCCGCGCGCCGUCUCGGCGUCAAGAAGCUCAUGUCCAUCGCCUCCGCCCUAGCCAUCUGCCCGGACCUGGUCAUCGUCGACGGCGAAGACUUGACUCCCUUUCGGGACGUCUCCAAGCGUCUUUACGCCCUAUUGCGCUCGUACUCAUGGAAUGACAGAGUCGAAAGACUGGGUCUGGAUGAGGUCUGGAUGGAUGUAAGUGAUAUUAUUGAGUAUAAUGUUGAGCUGCUGAACCGCCAUGACUUGGAGCACUCGUGGUUUUGUUUAGACAAUAAGGACCCGGAGAAGGGGUUUGCGUUUGAUGCGAGGGGGUUUGCUGGGCAAGUUUAUGGGAGGGAAAAGGUUGGUCUUGAGGGGCCUGGGACUGGGGGAUAUGAAGGUGGACAGGCUGGCUUGUUGAGAACGAAACUCCUCCUCGCCUCUCACUUGGCUCUUCACCUCCGUCUAAAAAUCGAAGAAGAAGGGUACACCACCGCCUGCGGGAUAUCCACGAACAAACUCCUCGCCAAGUUGGUCGGUAACGUCAACAAACCCCGGAACCAAACGACCCUCUUGUCUUUGGGGCCCGACGACGGUGAGGAAACUGUUCAAAGAUUUAUGGGCAGUCACCAACUGAGAAAAAUACCCGGAAUCGGAGGGAAAACGGCCGCUGCUCUCUCGGACUAUUUCAUUUCCCAGUCCAAGCCUGGCUCAUCUUCACCCCCAAACCCCAAAGAAAUCACCGUCGACGACCUCCUCUCCUGUCCCGGCCUAUCACCAUCAAAACUCGACUCCCUCCUCUCGUCACUUUCUUCAUCCUCUAGUACAGGAACAGGGACAGGCAAACACAUCCUCUCCCUCUUGCAAGGCCAUGACCCCUCCCCUGUCAAACCUGCUCGGUCGAUUCCCACGCAAAUCAGCAUCGAAGACACUUAUUUCUCCUGCCCUUUGGUCACCAUCGAGCAAAUCCGGCGGGAACUGGUGAAGAUCACUGGGUCGUUAUUAAAGAGAAUGAAGACGGAUCUGAUGGACGACGACAAAAAGAGGUGGCUAGCAAGGCCCAAGACGCUACGGUUGACGACGAGACCGAGGACGGACCCGAAAGAGGGGAGGGGGUAUGGCUAUGGGAGGGUCUCGAAGAGUCAGGGUCUGCCUGGUUACGUUUUUAACAACGGUAACGCCCAUGGUGACGACGAGAUUGUCCAGAGACUUGUCGCCGAGACAUUGCUACCGAUGUUCCGCGAACUUAACCCGCUUAACCCGAGAAAAGGGGGAAAGGAGUAUAGUAUCGGGUUGCUAAAUGUCUGUGUGACGAACAUGGACUCGAUCGAUCCCACGACCGCUGGCGGCGGCGGCAGCGGAGGAGGAGGAAGGGAUAUCAAAAACAUGUUUAUGAGGGCGAGGGAAUUUACCGUUUACGAUCCCGAACAUGAGCACGCCGACAACACCGGAACCCAACCCGAAACUGAAGCUGAACUUCUCGAACAUUCAGAUGUGGAUGUGGAUGUGGAUGUGCAUGCAGGAGACCCAAGCCACGACCCGGACUUGAACCUGGACAUGAGUGAUACAAGCUAUGAAUCCUCUAACGGGAAAGCAAGAGGGUCACUGAAAAAUAACGACAACGGGGACCCCAGCACCACUAACCAUCAACAACAACAACAUCCCGUCUCAACCAUCCACGAGCAAGCACAAGCACAAGCACAAGCCGACCGCGACACAAACCAUCACCUGGGUACAAACAUGUCAACCAACCAUUAUUACUUUCACAUCGAAGACGACGACGAAGUCUGGGAUGAUUCACCAGACAAUGUGUGGAAUCACAAUGAAGAAGAACCUACAGAAGAAGAUAUUGACUACGACGACCUGAGAGACGCCGAGGGUAUGAGUUGUGUCAAUGGCGACAGCGAUGGUGAUGGUGAUGGUGAUGGUGAUGGUAUCAAAUGUCCACUAUGCAACCACUUCAUUCCUUUAUUUGCAUUAUCUGCUCAUGAGCGGUUUCACAGUAUGGAGGAGUUUGAGGGGGAAUUAGAUUAGAUACGUAUUAGACUUGGUACACCCACCACACCAAUGAUAAGGAAAUAAAUACAUUCAAAUAUGUGGAUGACGUCCAAGUCGUUGUUGUG